AUGCCUCUCCGUGGUCCCGUGCCCGUGCUGCACCAGACGCGCGAAAACAGCGAAAAGGUCCAGGUCGGGCCCACGACCAUAUACAUUUUCGAGGACGGUACGCACACGGACAAUCGGAUCGGUUGUAUGCUGCUUGAGCUACCGGCAGGAGCCAGUGGGCCACCAAUGCAUUGGCACCGCUUCCAUGACGAGUGCUUCUUCGUCACCAAGGGGAGGGUUACCUUUGUUACGCCUGAUGCCAAUGUUGUCGUUGGCGUGGGUGAAUUAAUGACGGUACCUCCCCGAGCGAUUCAUACUUUCAAGAAUGCAAGUGAUUCAGAGCCUGCCGAGUUCUUCAUGACUGCUACACCAGGAUACUACAUGGACUACUUUCGCACCAUGAGCAAGAUCACGACAUCGGGCCAGAAGCUGACUCCGGAUCAAACCCAGCAUAUCAUGGAGCUGUUUGGUACCUUUCCCCCUGACGUCGAGUCCGAGCCUUGA